GUUACAUUGGCAAAAUGAACGAGCUCAGCCUUUCCUUACAAGGAAGGACUAUGACAAUUUUUGAUGCCAGCCACAAAGUAAGUGCAUUCAAAAGGAAAAUUGAUUAUUGGGCACAGUGUACUACUAAAGGCAAAUUUGAAUGUUUUCCAAUAAUGCAAGCCUUUUUGGAAGAAAAUGAUGAGCAGGCUUCUACUAAUAUUGUCAACGAGAUUAUUGAGCACCUCAAACAGCUAAAAAAUUCUUUUGAGCAAUAUUUUCCUGCAGAUCGGGAAGUAUUGUUGAAAGACCAUGAAUGGGUACUGAAUCCAUUCUCAGUUUGUAUGAAACCUUCAAGCUUAUCUUCAAGUGAUUACGAAAGGUUGAUCGAUUUAACUUCUGACUUAAUAUUAAAAUCUUCCUUCAACAGCAAUGCGUAUGCCGAAUUUUGGUUAAGUUUGAAAGACAAAAGUUAUGAAGGUUUAAGCGAGAAAGCGAAAACACUAUUUUUACCCUUUGCCACUACUUACUUAUGCGAGUCAGGAUUUUCGUCAUACGCUGCAACUAAAACCAAAUACCGCAAUCGCCUCAAUGUUGAACCUGACCUCCGACUCCAAUUAUCAAAAAUAAAACCUGACAUUGCAAAACUGUGCCAAAAUAAGCAGCCACAUACAUCACAUUAAUUAAAAUUAAAUUGUAAAUAUUUUUCAUUUGUUAUAUUUUUAUGUAAUAAUUAUAAUCAUAAUAACAAUAAUUUUUAUUUAUUUAUCUUUUUAAAAAUGCAUUAAUUUAUAAUUAAAUUAGUUGUGUAGCUUAGAAUGCUUAGAUUGUAUUAGGUUUAAUAAAAUUAAUAAAAUUGGUUCUCAAUGAGUACUUUUUUUGUUCUAUCUUUCAUGUUAUAUA